AUGGUGGUGAAUGGGAAGAUAUUGGCCGUAUCGGAAGUUGGUAUAUCGAUGCAACGCUUCGGUUGGCUGGAUUACACCACGUUUCUGGCGAUGCUAGGGAUUUGUUUAUUAGUCGGUAUGUAUUUUGGAAUAUGGAAAAAGGCAGAAACAGCCCAGGAAUAUUUGGUAGCCAGUAGAUCAAUGGGGGUGAUUCCAAUUUCGAUGUCAUUGCUGGCGAGUUGGGUGAGCGGAAUAUCUCUUCUUGGCAUCCCCACUGAGGUGUACGUGUAUGGAAUCCAGUACAUCUACAUUUUGGGAGGUUUUGUUUUAGCCACGAUUUUAAUGGGGUCCAUAUUUUUACCAGUUUUUCAAGGGUUAGAAUUGACUUCAACAUACGAGUAUCACGAAAGAAGGUUUAGUAAAACGGUCCGAUUAUUCGGAUCGAUACUUUUUACAAUUAAAAUGUUGUCUUGGCUGCCUCUGGUUAUCUACGUUCCGGCGCUGGCGUUUAAUCAGGUAACUGGAAUUAACGUUCACCUAAUAACGCCGGUAGUGUGCAUAUUUUGUAUAUUUUAUACUUCGAUGGGAGGUAUAAAAGGAGUCGUUUGGACUGACGUGAUUCAAUUGAUCUUAAUGUUUGGAGCUUUAAUAUUAGUUAUAGUAAAGGGAACUAUUGACGUUGGUGGAAUUGGAAAUGUAUUGCAGAGAAAUUGGGACAGCAAUCGAAUAGAAAGUCCAAAUUUUGAUUUAGAUCCUCUAGCAAGACAUACCAUAUGGGCAUUAGUAAUCGGAGGAACGUUCUUCAUUGUUCAAACUGCUGGUGUAAAUCAAAAUAUGAUACAGAGAUAUUUAUCGUUACCAUCAAUGAAGCAUUCCAGAAGGGCACUGUGGGCAUUUCUGGCGGGUAUUACAGUAUUAUUGAGUUUUUGCUGCUACUGCGGAAUGCUGAUCUAUGCCACGUUUUAUAAAUGCGAUCCACUAACAACAACGCUGGCUAGAGAAAAAGAUCAACUUCUACCACUGCUAGUAAUGGAAAUAUUAGGCGAUUUUCCCGGCCUGCCGGGUAUAUUCGUAGCAGGAAUUUUCAGCGCAGCUUUAAGCUCUUUAUCAACCGCUUUGAACGCAAUGGCUGCCAUAGUUUUGGAGGAUUUCUACAAACCGUUUGCUAAGAAGGAACUAACUGAGAAGCAAACGUUUAUUUUGAUGAAAACGACGGUAAUCGUGACGGGCGUAGUGUGCAUAGGAUUGGUAUUUGUCGUUGAAAAAUUAGGAGCUGUAUUACAACUUUCGACGAGUAUAGGAUCAAUUGCCAACGGACCUUCAUUGGGGGUUUCUGCAAUGGGAAUAUUAUUACCUUGGGUUAAUUCAAAAGGUGCAUUAUGCGGUGGAUUAACUUCACUAGCGUUUAUGAUCUGGUACUGCUUUAAAACUCAAAGCAUGAUAGCGUCUGGUGAUUUAACAUUUCCCGAAAAACCCGUUUCUACAGAAGAAUGCCACUAUGACUUCACUCCUAAAAUAAGUAUAAUGAACAAUAUAACUCACACAGAUGAGCAAUUCAUGAUCUACAGGCUGUCUUAUUUGUGGUACUGCCUUAUCGGUACUUUCGUAGCAAUGUUUAUAGGAUUACUGGUGAGCAUGGUAACGAAACCGACGGAUCCAAGAGAUAUUGAUCCGAAAUUACUUGCACCUUUCGUGAGAAAAAUGAUCAAACCCAGAAAAUUUUCGAACCAGCCCAAAGAAACUAUAAUAUACGCUUACGAACAGCCUGCAAAGGUUUUGGAUAAUCACAAUGAAAAUAAUACAGCAGAUGUAAAAGUUUGA